AACAUCACCAAAACAAAACGGAACUGCAUCAGUCACCGACUCAAGCAAACGACCCACGUCGACACCUGACACAGGAGCACCAUCCAGCACCACACCACAAGACGACGAGCUCUACGUCGACUACGUGGACAAGACGGGCAAGAGAAGAAGACGACGUCGACUUCCCUCCGAAACAUCACCAAAACAAAACGGAACUGCAUCAGUCACCGACUCAAGCAAACGACCCACGUCGACACCUGACACAGGAGCACCAUCCAGCACCACACCACAAGACGACGAGCUCUACGUCGACUACGUGGACAAGACGGGCAAGAGAAGAAGACGACGUCGACUUCCCUCCGAAACAUCACCAAAACAAAACGGAACUGCAUCAGUCACCGACUCAAGCAAACGACCCACGUCGACACCUGACACAGGAGCACCAUCCAGCACCACACCACAAGACGACGAGCUCUACGUCGACUACGUGGACAAGACGGGCAAGAGAAGAAGACGACGUCGACUUCCCUCCGAAACAUCACCAAAACAAAACGGAACUGCAUCAGUCACCGACUCAAGCAAACGACCCACGUCGACACCUGACACAGGAGCACCAUCCAGCACCACACCACAAGACGACGAGCUCUACGUCGACUACGUGGACAAGACGGGCAAGAGAAGAAGACGACGUCGACUUCCCUCCGAAACAUCACCAAAACAAAACGGAACUGCAUCAGUCACCGACUCAAGCAAACGACCCACGUCGACACCUGACACAGGAGCACCAUCCAGCACCACACCACAAGACGACGAGCUCUACGUCGACUACGUGGACAAGACGGGCAAGAGAAGAAGACGACGUCGACUUCCCUCCGAAACAUCACCAAAACAAAACGGAACUGCAUCAGUCACCGACUCAAGCAAACGACCCACGUCGACACCUGACACAGGAGCACCAUCCAGCACCACACCACAAGACGACGAGCUCUACGUCGACUACGUGGACAAGACGGGCAAGAGAAGAAGACGACGUCGACUUCCCUCCGAAACAUCACCAAAACAAAACGGAACUGCAUCAGUCACCGACUCAAGCAAACGACCCACGUCGACACCUGACACAGGAGCACCAUCCAGCACCACACCACAAGACGACGAGCUCUACGUCGACUACGUGGACAAGACGGGCAAGAGAAGAAGACGACGUCGACUUCCCUCCGAAACAUCACCAAAACAAAACGGAACUGCAUCAGUCACCGACUCAAGCAAACGACCCACGUCGACACCUGACACAGGAGCACCAUCCAGCACCACACCACAAGACGACGAGCUCUACGUCGACUACGUGGACAAGACGGGCAAGAGAAGAAGACGACGUCGACUUCCCUCCGAAACAUCACCAAAACAAAACGGAACUGCAUCAGUCACCGACUCAAGCAAACGACCCACGUCGACACCUGACACAGGAGCACCAUCCAGCACCACACCACAAGACGACGAGCUCUACGUCGACUACGUGGACAAGACGGGCAAGAGAAGAAGACGACGUCGACUUCCCUCCGAAACAUCACCAAAACAAAACGGAACUGCAUCAGUCACCGACUCAAGCAAACGACCCACGUCGACACCUGACACAGGAGCACCAUCCAGCACCACACCACAAGACGACGAGCUCUACGUCGACUACGUGGACAAGACGGGCAAGAGAAGAAGACGACGUCGACUUCCCUCCGAAACAUCACCAAAACAAAACGGAACUGCAUCAGUCACCGACUCAAGCAAACGACCCACGUCGACACCUGACACAGGAGCACCAUCCAGCACCACACCACAAGACGACGAGCUCUACGUCGACUACGUGGACAAGACGGGCAAGAGAAGAAGACGACGUCGACUUCCCUCCGAAACAUCACCAAAACAAAACGGAACUGCAUCAGUCACCGACUCAAGCAAACGACCCACGUCGACACCUGACACAGGAGCACCAUCCAGCACCACACCACAAGACGACGAGCUCUACGUCGACUACGUGGACAAGACGGGCAAGAGAAGAAGACGACGUCGACUUCCCUCCGAAACAUCACCAAAACAAAACGGAACUGCAUCAGUCACCGACUCAAGCAAACGACCCACGUCGACACCUGACACAGGAGCACCAUCCAGCACCACACCACAAGACGACGAGCUCUACGUCGACUACGUGGACAAGACGGGCAAGAGAAGAAGACGACGUCGACUUCCCUCCGAAACAUCACCAAAACAAAACGGAACUGCAUCAGUCACCGACUCAAGCAAACUUAUUUCCUCCGGUGUUGAUUAUUAUGAAGAAGACAAUGUAAAUUCGACUACUAUUACUACUCCACUAUCAAAAUUACUGCGUCCAACACCAAAACUACCAAAUAAGAGAUUAUCAACUAGGUCAACCUCGAUCGUGAAAAAAUCUGUUACUUCUAAAUCAACUUCCAUAAUUAAUACUUCAGAUAAAUAUUAUAAACCUGAUGAAAAUGAAUAUUAUGAAGAUGAUCAAGAACAAUCUAAUAAUACUUCUAUUGUUACAACUACUACUGUAAAACCGAAACAAAUUGUUCAAACAGAAAAAAUAUCAAGUCCAAAAUCAUCCAGUCAAUUAAAGCCAAUGUUGAAAAAAACUAUUGUAUACAAACAAGCACCAUCAUCAAAUUCAUCAGAUGAAUAUUAUGAUGAUGAAAUUACAGAAACUACAUGGGUUAUUAAAUUAGGUGAUAAAAAUGUAACUGAUAAAGAUAUGCUUGAUUUUAUUAAUAAUCAAAUCAAUGGUGGAGCAUUGUUACAAAAUAAUUCAACGAAACUUAACAAUACCUCAGAUAAAAGUGAUGGAGGAACAGAAACAUCUUGGUUUUCAGUACCUGAAACAAAAAAUAUGAAUGAAAAAUGGAUUUCACAAUUCCUUGAUGAUGAUAGUGAAUUAGGAAAAAAUCAAUAUGGAAUUCCACAAACAAAUACUACACGUCAAGUUGUAUCUAAAAGCUUUUGGAUAUCUGAUGAUUUUGAGAAACAAUUAAAAGAAAUGGACUUUUUAGGAAUGUUACGUAAUUCAACUGAAUUAAAUGAUAUCAUCAAUAAGAAAUUGGAUAUGUUCUCAUCAUUUAGCCUUAAUGACAAUUCAACUACAAAUAAUUAAAUAAAUUUAGAAGUUUCAAUUUCUAAAGCGUAGAAUAUUUAUAAAACAAUGUGUGGUAAAUUUUCUUGUUUUUGUUUUUUGUUUUCCUUAAUUAUGUACGAUUUCAAAUGCUAAUAAAUUUCUUGUUAUCA